CGAUCUCAGCUUCAACCUUCUCAGCGGCGCUCUGCCUCGCUCCAUCACUCAACUGCGCAAGCUCUCUUCCAUCCACAUGACCAACAACAGCUUUUAUGGCUCUCUCCCAUCGUCUCUGGGACUGCUCUCACCCCUCCAGCUGCUGGAUCUCAGCUUCAACCGCUUCUCAGGGCCCCUCCCACUCACCAUCACCCAGCUCACGCGCCUUUCCUUUCUUGACCUGAGCGCCAACAGCUUCAGCGGUUUGCUGCCAGAGGCCAUCACGGCACUGACCGCCCUUCAGCACAUCAACCUUGUUGACAACCGUGACCUCACUGGUGUGCUGCCUCCAGGCCUGGGCGCCCUCACCGCCCUCACCAUGCUUGCUGUGAAGAACACCUCGCUCAUCUGCCCCUCCACAGACGCCGCCUGUGACGUGCCUCAGACGCUGCUCUCGCCCUUCUGCAUCCAGUGCCCUAACUACUGCCGCCACUGCAUUCAAUACGGUACCUCUCCAUCGCCCCCAGCUCCUGCAGGCUCCCAGCCUUCCUACUUCCCAGAAAAACCAUUACCACCCCCUUCACCUGCCGCACCGCCUCUUCCCCCCAUGGGUCGCCCCAUCAACCGGCCUCAACUCGUCACCACCACCACUGUCAGCAGCAGCAAGGGGGGCCUGUCAGGGGGCGCCAUAGCGGCCAUUGUGAUCGGGCUGCUCAUUGUGCUCAUCACUGCUGCUGGCCUCGCAUACAUUGUCAUCACCCACAAGCCCGACGCGCCUGACCAGCAAGGUAGUUUCCGCCCCUCAACCUGCAUAUUUUCAUAUGGCGUUUAUCCUUUUGAUGCUGCUGUUGGGUUCAAAUCGUCAAGCAUACUUCGACAUAGAUCGCCCGAUUCAAGAUUAGGCGCAUGCGUCUCUUGGCGCAUUGCGCAUGACGGUGGUGGUUCAUGGCGCUAUGGCAGCAGAGCUCAUCUAGAGUGCAGUGUAGUGGGAGAGGUUAGAGGGAGAGGGAGUGCAUUCAUGCCAUGCGUGCGCUCCUCUCUCCCCUCCCUGUCCUCUCUCCCAAUCUUCUCUCACUCCACUCCCUGCUCUCUCGAUUCUCCCUAUCUCCCUUCAUGCUCCUCCCCUCUGUCAUUUCUUAACCCCCCCGGUCCGAUCUACCUAUUGGGGCUGCGCCUCCCUCAGAUUGCAAUGCCUUGA